AUGGGUAAAAAAAUCAUCCAUACUAAAGGAAAAGCAGGUAGCAGUAGAAAAACAAAAGCCGAGGCAGCUGAAAAUGUCUCAAAAAGAAAUAAAAUUGACGAGAAAGUAUCCGAAUCUGAUCCGGAUUUAAAGGAGGUAAGCGACUACGCCGAGUCUAAUGAAGAUGUCCUUCCCGAGCGUAGUGUUAGUCGUGACAGUGAAGAGAGCAAGGAAAGUGGGAGAAACAGUGAUGAUGGGGACAAUGAUCCCUUAUCCGUAAGUUUGUUAAGGUUCAUUUUCGUGGAGUGGUAUGAACUUCGAACUAUAAUGGACGAGGUCGGAUCUUUCCCAACGAAGAUAUCGGUCAGAUCAAGAAUGGCUGCUUAUCAAGAAUUUAAGCAAGUUCUUGUCGACCAGGAGUUGAAGAAAAGAUUCAAGUGGUCCUGUUUCGGACACCUAAGAAACCUGUCGAAACAUCUCAAGUUCAAUGGGCAGUUGGUCCAUUAUUUGUUGUUGCGAUGCGUCAAGAGGGAUAAGAUGCGUCAUGGGAUGUGGUUCUGCAUUAACAACAAGCCUGAUCAUUAUAAGCUUGUUGCUGCGCUCGAGGAAGCGAUGUUGGAUAUUGCUGCCUAUAUUAGAGAGAAAAGACUGAAGAAAAAGAACAGGAUGAGCGACAACACGAGAGAGUUGAAAAAGAAGCAGCAGCAGUUAAAGAAGAGGGAAAGGAAAAAGGAGAAAGAAGCCAAGGAAAAAGAAGAAGCUGAAAAAAUAGGAGCAACAGCUGAUGAAGAAGAAGAAGAAGAAGAAAAAGAAGAAGCUAACAAAGAAGAAGUUGAUAAAGACGCAGCUGCUGAGGAAGAAAAGGAAGGUCAGAAAGAAGCAAUUGUUGAAGGUGAAGGAAAAAAAGAAGGUGAGAAAGAAAAACAAGAUGGGUUCAUGGAUAUCGUUGAUGAAAUCAACAACACCUAUGCUGAUGAGGAGGAAAUUUUUUGA